AUGACACCAAGGUAACUGGGAGAGUGAAAUUCACAUUCUCAAAACAAACAGGUACAAUAUUUCUUUACAAGAUGAGCGAGAGGUAGCCUUGGCUCGGUUGAAGCUACUCUGUGACAAUAAAAUGAUCUCAGCGAAAGACUUCUUGUCCAAUCCACAGCGAAUUUUUGCUGCACACGAAUUGUCAGCCAUACUUGAUCCAUCUAUGACCACGAAAAUGACCGUACAGUUUAAUCUUUUUGGCGGGACUGUUCUCAAACUCGGCACCGAAAAGCAUCACCAAAUACUUGAUGGGGUCGAUUCUCUAGAGGUAAGUCUAAUUACUACCUCAAUGCUACCCCUUAGACCUCAUUGGCAAUGUUUGGUUAGUCAAUCACCACUAUAUUUUGAUGCUUUACCGUCGAUUAUUUGGUCGUGCCUAGUGAAUAGCCCAGCUUCUCAUACCAACCUGAGGGUUUAAGUAUGAGCAAAAGUCAUAUCGGUAGUAAAUAUUGUUACAUAACGUCUGGAAAUAUUCCAUCUUUCGCACUGAGUUAAUUAGGACCUCACAAUUUUCUUAUUUCAAAUCGAUUUUAGACAGAUAAACGAUUCUUGGAGCUUGCUAUUCUUUUCCACUACAGGAAGUUGGGUGCUUCGGUCUCACAGAACUGGGCUAUGGUAACAAUGCUGUUGAAAUGGA